UCAAACAAAUCGACCGACACCGACUCGUAGUCGUGUCGAAACGCUGUUUUUUCGGAGAAAAUUGUUAUAAUAUCAAACUUUACUUAAGAUAUUUUUUCUUAAAUCAAAUCAACAUGACUGAAACACCAGAGGUAGUAAAAAUCAACAAAUGGGAUGGUGCUGCGGCGAAAAAUGCUAUUGAUGAUGCGGUCAGAGAGGUGUUAACUGGGGAUCUGAAAUGUAAAGAGAGCUUUGCCCUAAUUGAUGGUCGCCUGUUCCUCUGUGCACUUGCUGUUGGUGUUGCCCUGUAUGCCCUGCUCUGGGACUAUUUAUACCCCUUCCCCCAGUCAAGACUGGUGCUAAUCAUUUGUGUGUCUUCCUACUUUGUGCUAAUGGGCAUUCUGACUUUGUACACAACAUUCAAAGAGAAGGGCAUAUUUGUUGUUGCCAAGGAGAAGGUUGGAAACAACACCAGAGUGUGGGAAGCCAGCUCAUAUGUGAAGAAACAUGACGACAAAUACAACUUGAUCCUGGUGCUCCGCGACACCAACGGCAAGUUCCGUGAAGCAUCCAUCAACAAGUCCUUCGCCAACUUCAUUGACACCAAUGGAACAGUAGUCCAAAACCUCGUACUUAACGAAGUAAAUAAGUUGUACAACUCUUUGUCCUCUGAGAAGAAGGAGAAGUAAUCUAAAGUUAAGAUCAAUGUGACUGCAAUUUCGUCUCAAUAAAUAAUUUGUAAU